AUGGCAUCGUGCUCUGUUAAAUUGGGCCUUAAGGUAAAUAAAUGUGUCACUCGUCAUGAGGACGAAGAAAUAAGUUACAGAAAGUUAAUGAAAGCUGUAAUCAAAUACAGUGACGACGUAGGCUGUGAUGAUUUAGAUAAGAUUACCUUGACUGCAGAAAAUUUUGAACUUUUUAUCAAGAAAGAAUAUCCAGUAUUGAGACUUGGGGAUGUGGAUGAAGACGAAGACAAGUUGAAAAAACUAUAUGUAAGAACUUCGGUACUUUUAUAUUAUCUAUGUACAAAUUCAAAAAAUAGUCUUGUUGAUUCGGAUAUUCGCAAAAAUCUUUCAAGAGACGAUCAAAUUAUUAUAUUAAUGUUCUGUGAAGCUCUAGCUGAGAUGGAAGUUACUAUAAGUAAUAUUGAACUAGCUGCAAAAGUUGCGUGUGAAAAUUAUCUAAGAGUAGAUGAGAAUAGUACGACACAAGAAGCUACGCUAAAUGAUUCUGAGCUAGACCCCGAGACUAGUUCAUCAGAUAAUUUUAAAAGAUAUCCUAAAUUCAAAUCGUCAAUAACUGUUAUGCCUUCUGUUGUUACUGAAAAAUCAUUAUCAAGAUCAUCAAAAGAAGGAAUUACUGAUGAAUCUGAUUAUAAUGUUGGGUACUUGUCAAAUAAAACAAAAAAGGAAAUCGAAUUACCGGAUGUAAUAAAUAAUGUGGAUGUGCGGAGAGCAGGAGUUCAAGAAAAAAAAUCUGAUAAUUCAGGAUUCGGCGAUUCUGAUGAACGCUGUCAGGCAGAAUGCGCUUGUUCAAAAUGUAGUUCUGAAGGCCCUUGUUGUGGUGAUGUAGGUUGCACAAAGGACUUAUGUGACGAUCCUGCAAAAGCUGUUGCUAAGAAAAAUAACAAAGCAAGUUUAGAAUGGGCAUGGAUUUGUCAAGAAAAUUUUUGUAGGAGAGUUUUUCAUCCACCUUUAAAUGUUAUUGUGUAUCCUUCAUUAAGUCGUUGUAAAUUACUAUGCUCAGGGUUACAACUUUGGCCAUAUCCAAUUGGUUAUACAUUUUACAGUAAAAGUAUUAUUGCUGUAGCAACAAAGAACCUUGAGUAUAAAUUUAAAUCCGUACCAUCCGAAAAAGUUCGAGAAUAUUUAUCUGAAGCUUUUAAAUUAUUUCUAAGAAAUUUAGCAAAACUCGAAAAAAGUUUUAAAUCAAAUACAAAUAAUUUUGAUUUAAGUGUUAAAAAAAUUAAAAUUCAAAUUGAAAUUGAAAGUGAUUCUGAUCCAAGAUUACGCUUAAACACUGACGAAGCUUAUACCUUAAAUUUAGAAACCAAUCAAAAUGAUGUUAUUAUAAAAGUCGUUUCUGAUUCGUUUUGCGGUGUACGAAAUGGUCUUGAAACUUUAAGUCAGCUAUUUCUAUUUGACCAUAGUAUAGACAGCCUUAUAACUCUUUCAAAAAUUGUUAUAAAAGAUGCUCCUUCGUACAAAUAUAGAGGACUCAUGGUGGAUACUGCAAGAAAUUUCAUUCCAAUAUUGGAUUUAAUAAGAACAAUUGAUGGGAUGGCUUCAUGCAAAUUAAAUACUUUUCAUUGGCGUAUAUCAGAUGUGACAAGUUUUCCAUUACAUUUGAAUAAAAUACCUAAAUUUCGUGAAUAUGGUCCGUUCGAUAAAUCAAUGGUUUAUACAAGGGACGAUAUAAAAUUAUUAGUUAGGAGAGCUGGUGUGCGAGGUAUUCGUAUUUUGAUAGAAAUUGCUGCUCCGGGUCCUGUAGGUAGACCUUGGUCCUGGCUACCAGAAACUAAGUGUAAGAGGGAAAAUGUUAGUUUAACUUGUGACAAUAUUCUCUGUCUACGAUUGUCGAUGAAAGAUGAAGUUUUCGAUGUCCUACAAAAAAUUUACACUGAAAUUAUUGAACUAACAGAAGUCGAUGAUGUGUUUCACUUGAGCAAUGGUGUUUUCAUACUUAAUAAUUGUUACAAUAUAAUGAAAGAUAGAGACGGCUUUUUGGAUAAAGCAUUAGCCCGUCUUAAAAUAGCAAAUAAAGGUUUUCUUCCAAGAUUACCGAUAAUUUGGUACAGUUCUCAUCUAGAUAAAAAUUUUGAAACCUGGAAUAGAUUUGGUGUACAAAUAACUGAAUGGGUUCAGAAUUUAUCUAAAGAGAGUUUAAGUAAAUUUAAGGUUAUACAUUCUUCUAAAUGGGACUUAUCUUGUGAAAUGAAAAAUCAGAGGUGUACUAACUAUAGGUCGUGGCAGCAAAUGUAUGGAUGGACAUCUUGGCGGAAUAUGGAUGCAUUUACAAUAGAGGGUGGCGAAUCUAUUUUAUGGACCGAUAUUGUUGACUCUAGUAAUUUAGAUUACCAUAUAUGGCCGCGUGCAGCAGUAGUUGCGGAGCGCUUAUGGUCAGAUAUGGUCGCAAACUCUACUGUUGAUAAAUCCGUAUAUUUACGUUUGGAUUCGCAUCGGUGGCGCAUGCUUCUUCUUGGUGUAAACGUUCAACCGAUAUGGCCAGCGUGGUGUACUUACAACCCAAGCCAUUGUCUUAAAAAAGUUAAUUAA